AUGAAAGGGACCAAGAGUCCCUUGUCCAGCGCCGGGGGCACGCUGGUGUUCGCUGCCCUGUGCAGGUCACGGGGCUGGGUCCUGCCGUCCAUCCCUCCGUCCAUCCCUCCGUCCAUCCCUCCGUCCAUCCCUCCGUCCAUCCCUCCGUCCAUCUGUCUGCCCGCAGGAGGUGAUCCAGCAGCAGAAGGAGGGACCCCUGCAGCAGCGACACUGUGCCAGCCGUGGUCCCCGGAGCCAGACACAUGGAGGCUUCCCAAGAAGGGCUGUGGGGCGAAGGUGACGAGGACCCUGUGCCAGCCCAGCCGAGGGGCUCCAGUGGUCCCCCGGGUGCCCAGCCCCAGCCGGACCCCCUGGUGCAGACGUGUCUCCUCCGGGAUCUGGAAAUGAGUCCCCUCGCCCACACACAGACCCUGCGCGACUUCGAGCAGGU